CAUGGACGACUUUCGGAAGAAAACUGCGUACUGGCAACUCUUAAAACUUGUUGGGUGGCGCCACUAUCGCAAUUUCAAAAACAAUGCAAUGAGAUCUUUGUGGUUAUGGUCCUUGUGGUGGUACUAUAAACAAAGUUCGUUUUAUCUUUAUUCGCCCGUCUUUUUUUUCAAUUCUAUUUCAUAAUUGAAUCGAAUUUCACACUAUCUUGUUUGCCGACUAGAGAUUUCUAGGAACAUCGAAAUAAAGAACAUGAAAAAGCAAGUAGCAGUUAUGCCUUCACUAGAAGUUUUGAUAGAGCGAUUGCCACAGGCUGUUUUAGAUUCUGCAAUAGGCCCUGUAAGAGUUCUGCAGAAGAUGCCCAAAUCAGAUAAAUCUAUCCAGCCUUCUUUAAAACUGAAAUCUUCAGUUAAAACUAAACUCAUGCAAAAUGUUGCAAAGAAAAAAAUGCCAUCUUUGCAAGUUACAUUGGAACGAUUACCUAAAGAUUUAAUGACGAGUUUAUUAGCAGAAAAGAAAAAAUAUACGGUACAAGAAAAAAGGAAAGUUGGUAGACCAAAGAAAAUAAGAGACACUCAAUUUAAAAAUUCACCCCCAAUGUUUGAUUUUAUUUCGGUUUAGUAAUUUUUAAUUU